AUGAACCGCUGCGCGAUUCAACAGAGCAGUUUCGGCGCCUGUGAGGAGAUUUGGGCGGCCGGAAGAUGUAUGGAGAAGAAGGAGACGGUGGUUUGCCCUAAGCCACGGCGGCUCGGCCUUGCCCACGCUACCCUUGACCCUUCUUAUGCAAGACCCCUACGCUGGCAUAUGAGUCAUCAGCAAGAGGAUUGUGAUUCAAGAGCUGGAAAUGAAUUACUGGACAUAAUCCUUGCAAAGGGUAAUAAUUGUGGCAAUUCUGAGCAAACACAGUCGCCCCCUUUUUUCAGCGGGUCACCGCCAGCAUCCGCGACCAUCGCGGCAAAGGUAGUCACGCCCGGCGGUGCUGGAAGUGCUAAAGCCACUGAAGGCUCACCUAUAGGUUCUGAGUUCGAAGGUAAAGGUUUGAAGUAG